AUGUCAGACAACGGAGAUACACCGUCGCCGCGGUCUUCGGCGGGCCUGGCCAGGUCCAUGUCACCGCCGCCGGCACCAACAUCAACAGCCACCGAGCCGGCGCGGUCACCGAAGAAGCGAGCAUCCAUAGCCUCGGAAGGCAAAGUUACUAAACGGAGAGCUGCCCGGGCCUGCGUGUCAUGUCGAGCCCGCAAGGUGCGCUGCGAUGUGGUCGAGGGUGCCCCCUGCGGGAACUGCAGAUGGGACGACGUGGAAUGCGUUGUUCAGGAGAGUCGCAGGCGAAAAAAGAACCUCUCAUUCAACUGCGGACCGGCAGCAGUGGGGGCGCGGGCUGGAAGUGCCGAGGUUCUGCGCACAAAGAGCAUUGGCGCAGCUCCCCCAAUCAUCACGGCCAAUCUCGCGCAGCAGCCAGGAUUUACCCCUACAAACGGAACGUUUCCCCUUUCCCUGAUGAACGGGGCCAACGGUGGGCAAGCUGCCACCACCAGUCUGCUGUACCAGCAACCCACCGGUGGGUUCAACACAGCGGGGACCGCGCCAGCGUCGACGGCUGCUCUGGCCGGGUUCCCUCCGGUGACCACCGGCAUACCCGCGUCGCCAGCGGACCUGCUGCACCCGCUCCUUCGGACGGCGCUCGAGCAGGCUGCCAGCGAAUGGCCGGCCUUCAUCAAGCCCAUCCCGGACCGGAUCCUGGCCGAGGACCGCCGGUAUCUCGUCCAGAAGCAGGUUUUUGCGCUGCCAUCCUUGCGCCUCCAGAAUGCUUUGCUCGCUGCCUACGUCGAGUAUGUGCAUCCUUAUAUGCCGCUCUUGGAGCUGCUUGACUUUCUCAACGUGGUCAAUGACCGCUCCGGGACGGCCGGCAAAAUCAGCUUGUUCCUGUAUCAUGCCGUUAUGUUCGCCGCAACGGCGUUUGUGGAUGAGGGCCUCCUGAAGGAGGCCGGCUAUGACAGCCGCAGGGAUGCGCGGAGGGCCUUCUUCACCAGGACAAGACUUCUCUAUGACUUUGAUUACGAGACGGACCGCCUCAUCCUGGUCCAGGGUAUCCUGCUCAUGACUUACUGGUAUGAGACGCCGGAUGAUCAAAAGGACACCUGGCAUUGGAUGGGCGUUGCCAUCUCGCUCGCCCACACCAUCGGUCUGCAUCGCGACCCGGCAAAGACGCCCAUGAUUCCGCGGAAGCAGAAGCUGUGGAAGCGCGUAUGGUGGUCCUGCCUCAUGCGCGACCGUCUCGUCGCUCUCGGCAUGCGGCGUCCGACCCGGAUCAAGAGCGAAGACUUUGACGUGCCGCCGCUGAACGAGGCCGACUUUGAGAUCGAGGCGCUUCCAGAAGACAAUAAACUACUGGGCCCUGAGUGCGCUUUGGUACGCGACAUUGACAUGCAGCGAAAGCUUGCCGUCAUGUGCAUUGAGAAGGCCAAGCUCUGCAUGCUCAUCGGCGACAUGCUCAAGGUGCAGUACUCUGUGCUUAGUCGCAGCGGCGUUCAGCCCGAAAACACAACCAACAGCACCCACAUGCUGCUCCCCAACAAAAACCCUGAGAAUAUGAAAGAGGUAGAAAAGGUCGACGACCACCUGCGGGAUUGGUUCACCGGCUUGCCCGAGUGCUGUCAGCACCGGCCUCUUGAUUCCAUGGCUAUCACCGAGGCGAACAAGGUGUUGGCUGUCCAACGUAACCUGCUGCACAUGAUCUACCACACCACCAUCUCUGCACUCCAUCGCCCCCUCUUCCUCCCGGCCUCGCCAACAGAGGGCCCGGGCCACCCGCUUGAAGUCCAGGAAACUGCUCGCCAGCGUGUGCGCGAAGCCGCCGAGCACAUUACGCGCAUGGCGGCCGAAAUGCGCCAGCACAGCCUCGAGCGGUACCUGCCGACUACAGGAGUAACCGUCAUUCUCCCGGCCAUGAUUGUUCACAUGCUCGACACCAAGAGCCUCGUCCCGGAGAUGCGGGCGAAAGCCAUCCAGGGCCUCCGGGAGUGCCUCAUCGUCAUGAACAACCUGCGCAACAUCUACGCGGCAGCCGACUUUGCCACUGGCUUCCUCGACGCCCUCCUGCGCAAGGGCAUGCUCGGGGGUCCCCAACAACAACAAACACAUCAACCAUCACUGCAACCCCAGCCGGCACCGGCCCGCUCGGCAAAGAUGCUCAACCGCGUCCUGGCGCCCGCGCUGAACCUCACUUCGCAAAACAGCAUCCUCCCAGAGCGCCCGUCCACGCCACCCCCAGAUAUCAACACCACCUUUCCCACGGCGGCAAGCGCAUUCCUCAACCCGUCCUCGACUGUCAACCUCUUUUCCCCAAACAUCACCACACGAUCCCUCGUGCCUCUGGACUCGGAGACCGACCUCGCCCUGCCCCUCGUCGCCGGCGCAGCCACCCCGCCACACACCGACAGCGAGGACGUCUCGACACCGCCCCGAGACGUGGACAUGGACAUGGACGUCGACGUGUCGAUGGCCGACGACGACAGCAGCACGCUGCUCACGCUCGGGUAUACCACCGGCUGCGGGGACGGUGGGGGUGCCGGUGCGGGCCAGCCCGUCGGUGUAACUGGGAACAACUUUGACUUUGACCAGUGGCUGCAGUUCCCGGCCGAGGCCGGACUGAGCUCGACGGAUGUCGAUGACUCGUUCAUGGGCGGCAUGUUUCAGGUCGAUCAGCAGCAGGAGCUGGGGGGCGCCGAAGGGGGCACUGGGAUUCAGUGGUUAAGUUUGGGGGAGGGGAUUAGCCAUUAG